AUGCAGAAAGAGCGUGAGGAUGCCGUCAUGUCGUGCAACAACAAUCCCGACCCCCCCAUGCGCUUUUCGUUCACUCCUAAUUACGGUACCAAAUCAUGGUUCUCAUCGGUUCAGAACGACGAUGGGUCGGUCGAGUCCGUGCUGACUUUUCCUCGCCUUAGUGGUCUUUCUGGUGCAUCAGCCAGCACAUCCGUGCAGCAGUUCAAUUCAACCGCAGUAAUCGCGGACGCCACAUCUCCACAGGCGUACGGCGAGACGAGCACAGAGGAUUCAUCGAUAGACGGCAUGACAUGGGAAUUCUCGGAGCCCAUGAACCGGUAG